ACUUCCUCCCAAAAUUUGGCGCGAAGCUCUUCCUUUUUUCCCAUGGCGGCGGCCGACGAAGCCAUCUGCGGCGAAAUCGAAGCAAUCAAGGGCCUUUCAGAUCGUGCUCAAGCCUACGCCACGCUUCUCCACCUUCAGCGUCGCUCCGCCGAUGACGCAUCUUCGAUAAAGGCCCUCGCCAUCUCCUCCCCGGCCCUCAUCGCCCUCCUUCUCUCUGACAUUCACCGUUCCGAUGAAGAGAUUGCCGCACUGGCGCUCAAAUGCCUUGGCUUCAUGAUCUAUCACCCCUCCAUUGUUGGUGCAUUCUCAGAUGGAGAUGCUAAGUUGGUUUUGGAGUCAUUGUCCAAGCUGAUUAUGGCAACUGAUAUGAAGGCAAUUUGUAAUUUGGCAGUUUGGUGUCUUUCUAUUCAACAAUUUGGUUCUGAUUUCUUGCGGGCAAGUGUGGAAUUGUUGUUGAUGGCUGUAGUUCAUGCACUUGACAACCCUUUUGGUUCACAAUCCAUAACUUUUGAGGCAAUGCAGGUUGUGGUGCAAUUUUCAUCUUGCAUUUGUGAAGAAAUGAGAGAUAGGGCAAGCAUAUGCAUUCCACCUAUUUAUCGAAGGCUCAUGAGUGAUGAUAAAAGGGAAAGAGAUGUUGCAGAGAGGUGUCUCCAAAAGAUAAAGUUUGUUCUAUAUCCCCCUCCACCAAUUCUUUCAAAGGCAAUUGCCAGGGAUCUUGACCAAAAUUUACUUCAGAAAAUGAUUGAAAUGGUGCAUGUUCCUGCCCAGAAGAUCCUCGCCGUUCGAGCAUGGGGUUGGUACGUCUGUUUACUUGGUUAUGAUACAAUGAAUAAAAGAAAGUUGAUAAAUAGCUUGCUGAAAGUUCCUGAAAUGACGUUUUCUUGUCAAGAUCCCCAAAUUCAGAUUGCGUCACUGGUGGCCUGGGAAAGUUUGGUUGAUUUAUUCUUCUCUUCUCCAACACUUGAUGUCAAGACAGAAAUCACUGGAGGGAAUGUGGCUCAACAGAUUAAAUCUGCGCCAUCUUUAUAUGACAAAAGGGUUGGUGAGCAUCAAAUUGCUGUUCUCUUGAAACAUAUAAAGGUUAUAAUGAUGCCCCUAAAAAGAAUUGUAUCAAAGAAAUGUGACACUUCUGUCCACUUAUCCUGCUUGAAGACAUGGCACUUUCUUCUUCAUAAACUUGGUUGGUCAGUUAAUCAUCCUGCAAUUGCCACCGCUGCAUAUUGGGUUAUUCUGGAAUUGAUAUUGUCUAGGGGUCCUGAGAAUAUCUUCCUGUGGACCGCAUGUAUUGAUUUCCUUGAUGAGUUCAUUUUGACAAAAGCUAAGGACCAGCAGAAGGAAUUGGACACAGAUAGGCCCUCACUUGCUACAGAAAAUAAAAUGAUCUCUGCAGGAUCCUCUUUUGAUUGUAAGGAAUCAAUAAAGGUUCAUUCUAUCAGCUGGUCGCCUUGGGAAAUUAAUAACUUGGAAUUCUACCUGAAGAUGGUUGGCACUGUAGUAAUUCAAGGUUUGAUGACGAGUGUGUCUUCUGAAAAUAGAGUCUUAAUUCUUAAUAGCGCAUUGAGGAUAUUCAGGUCACUUUUGCAGGGUAUUCAAGUUGAAUUUAGUGCAGCAUUCACUCAUAAUGAUAGAAUGAAAUUCUGCAUUGACACUAUACUCAAGUUCACAAAGGAAGUCUGUGAAGAUAUGAUUUCUAAGCAAAUUGCCAGUUGCUGCAAUGACACUUUAAGUUUCGCUCUACAGUUUGUCGAAACUAUCAGAGAUGUGUUAGAUCCUUCGUUACUGUCUUCAACAUUAUAUCAGAUUGCUUUAGAUUUUAAUUAUAUCAAAGACCUGCAGUCUUUUGAGGAAAUCAAAUAUUUAAAAUGUUUAGGAUCUGGGAUUUUUGCUUACAUGGAUAUGGUUUCACCAAUGGUUUACACCACAUUAUUGCAUCUCUCUUUGGCCACUCAUUCUGCCCUUAAUCUGCCCAGAACAGAUGAUAUUUCAAUUGCAAUGCAGAGAUCUCUCCAUUUAAUAUUCUCACACGAACCUUUUGUAAAUUUGCAUGCUGCCAUCUGUUUUCUAUAUAUGCACAUAGGAACGCUUGCACAAUGUCAAUUACGCUGGUUGACAGUAUGGAGAGUCAUCUCAAAUGGCCUGGAGGAGAAUAUUGAUAUCGUUGCUUAUUUAAAUUCAAAAACUGAGUGUGAUAACAAAGGACAUAGAAUUGUAUAUUGGUUGCUGUGCUAUCCAUUUUUCGUGUGCUUUUCUUCGAAGGAGGGUACCAAUUUUUCAUUGUUGGAUGAGGCUUCAGCACAUGGAAAUCUAGAAUUGGAAUUUGUGAUUGAAGCAUGGAAAUCUCUUUUUAAUUCUUUGAAUUGCUAUUCAAAUUGUGGGCAUUCUUAUGGGAAUAGUUUUGUGGAAGGCCUUUCUACUCUAUUAAAUGGUCUGCUUGAUGAGAAUGACAGCAUUUUGCAGAACAUUGAUUUGUUAAAGGAGAAACCUGAGAACAUUUGUAUCUUCAAAUUGUUUGGUGAAGUUGCAAUCUGUCUAAUGGAACAUGUUCAGCUUUUGGAUUGUGUGCUUCCGAAAUCAACAGCUGACAGCAAAGAGGAUGGCUGUUGUAGUCCAAUAGCGAACACUCUUGGGUUUGUCGCCAGAAUACUUGGCUUGGCUCUUACAAUUGUCGAAGUGAAUGCAGGGAGUGAUCAUAAGAUUUUCAGCAGGAUCUUUUCUGCUAUGGCUACUCUAGUAAACCGAGUUUUCUUGAAGCAAGAUAUCAUUCUACUUAUGGGGAUAAUUUCUGAUCCAUUGCUUCAGUGGUUGUCUUUAUGUGCUUCAACACAUGAUCAUAUGCUCAAAGGAAGCAUCAUCCCUUCACUUCAAUGUCUCUGGGAGCAGAUACUAGAUACUCUCCAGAACAGCUGGCCACAUAUCAUCUUUGAUUCUCGUCUUCUUAGGGUCCAUGCAUCUCUCCUUGAAGCUGCUUUUGAUCACCCACAUUUGCCCAUCUCAGAAGCCACAAUUUUAUUCUGGGAACCUACAUAUGGUAUGCAAACAAAUUUGCAUUAUCCCCCGUGCUUAGUUCCAGUCUUGCACAAAUUAUCAAUGGAAGGAAGAAUUACUUUGCCGAAGGAAAGGCCUGGUUUGAGAAGGAAGAGAUUCCGAAUGGUUCAAAACUACACAGAAUGAAGACUUUUCCGGCAUUUGAAGGAUUUUCCUUGUAAUGAUCCAUGCCUCGAGUCAGAUCUUCAGAAAUAUGAAUCAUCAAAUUUCUUGUAUAUUUUUCAGAAAAAGGUAUGAUAACUCGUCUCAUCUGGUUUACACAUAAGCAAAAGCUCUCCUGAAUCUUACUUGUAUCAUCCAUGUGUUCUGAACUUGUUGAAAUCUUGUUAUUUGCUUAGUAUUACUGUAUCAUUAUUCUUUGUAAUUUGCCAAGGGAUUAGAAUACUCAAAUUGCCAGAUUUUGACAUAUGACAUUGUGCAUCAUUUUAUCAGUUCAUAGUUGUUGCAAUCAAAUUA